AUGAGACAAAAAACUUACAUGGAUCUUUGCUCGUCGCCAAAAUUUAUCAAAAAAAAAUUUACAUUUGAUCCAUUCACAGUUAUUUUGUUGUCGGCCUGUUUUGGUACAUGUUUAAUAUUGUCUAAUGAACCGACACGUGAUUUAACAUUAGAGUAUUUUGAUUUCUUUGUUAGUGAUACAAGAGAAGAAGAUUUUCCUUAUAGAAACGUUGACGAAAAUAGUAAUGAUAAUGAUUUUAAAAAAGUUAUUAAUUCACAAAAAAUAUCAUCAAAUGUGACAGAAAGAGUCAAAUCAACCUUUAACAAAAAUAAGAUAUUAAUUAAUGAAGAUAUAACGAUUCUUCAAGAAGACCCAAUUGAUGUACAAGAAGAAACCGUUCCUCAAGAGUUGAACGAUACAGAAUUAUUAUUUGAAGUUAACGUGUCAAGAAAAACCGUUCUUCUAGCUCAGCAUGAAUCAAUCGUCGAAGAAUCAAUCAUCGAAGAAUCAAUCGAUGAACCAGUUCCUUCGUCUUUAAAUACUAUCGAGAUUCCACCUGAAAAUGAAAAUAAAGAUUUAACUCAACAUCAACAACCAAUAGAAACUAUAAAAGAAGCCAAUACUAAUGCAAAUUUACACAAAGAACACUUAAAGAACGACAACUCUCCCCAUCAAAUAAAGUUUAUUGUAUCGAGAGAAUCAAAAUCUGGGGAAAUUGUUAAAAAUAUCAUACACAACAAAUAA